GGUAAAAAAAAUAAUGUUGCUUUCUCCAAAACCAGAAAAGUUUCAAAGAAUCACAUGCCUUUUGCGGAUGGCCAUACAAAAUGUGUAUAUAUAACUAUUCCAACCUCUUUUAUUUUUUUCAGAUCUACAAGGCUCCAACCAUGAUCACCUCCCACAUUGAUGACCAGCUCUCCAAUCCACGUUUGGCGACAUUACCUCAUCAAAACAAUCAGGCGGACCAUGCAAACGCACCCUUGCUACUCCAACCAGCAAAUGCAACAUCAAAAUCCCUGCUCUUCGAUGAACUACGACAUUUUCGAAUAAGUCUCAAGUGGUGCGCCCUCGAUCACUCCACUUGCACAGCAAAAUUCAUUUCAUAUUUCACAUUCAUAUUCUUCACCAUUAUCGUUCCCAUCAUAAGCUCUCUCUGUAUUAAAGUUCCAUCCGAUGAUCCCAUAUCUUUCAACAACCUGGUGCAGUUUCCUGAGUCUGGCUUGGCUCUAAUAGCUUUCUUGACCCUAUCCCGUUUCUUUAGAAGGUAUAGUCUGCGCCAGCUCUUGUUCCUCGAUGGGCUGCAAGACGAUUCUUCGUUUGUCAGACGGGGAUAUUCUCGGGAGCUUGACAAGGCUUUUCGGUAUCUUGCAUGCAUUCUACUGCCAUCCUUUCUUGUGGAAUUAGCACACAAAAUCAUAUUCUUCUCUACAGUGAAAAUAUCAUUACCUUAUCUGAGUUCAGGUGUGCCGUUGAAUUCUACCAUCUUUGUGUUGGUUUUGGCAUCGUGGGUUUACAGGACAGGUGUUUUCCUGUUGGUUUGCGUUCUAUUUCGGCUGACUUGUGAGCUCCAGAUACUUAGAUUUGAGGGACUUCAUAAAUGGUUCGACGGAUGCGGAUCGGAUGCUAGUGUCAUAUUUAGGGAGCAUGUUAGGAUUAAGAAACAGUUGUCUGUUACGAGCCACAGAUAUCGAUUCUUUAUAAUUACUUGUUUGGUUACAAUUACCGUUACUCAAUUAGGAGCAUUGUUGCUGGUUCUGGCAUUCACGUCUGACAAAACCUUCAUCAAUUCAGGAGGGCUUGUGAUAUGUUCAGUGGUUCAGUUAAGUGGCUUCUUCUUGUGCUUAUUGGGAGCAGCUAGAAUCACACAUAGAGCUCAAGGCAUUGUGUCCAUAGCAACCAGAUGGAAUAUGAUCCUGACAUCUUCAUCCGCCAGAUCAGACCAAGGGAAAUGCAGUGUCCCGGAGAUUGAUAAAACUCUCGUCUCUGAAUCUGCUGUUAUUGGUGCCGAUUCAUCAGAAAUUUUGGUCUCAAUUUCCUCACAGUAUCCAUCGUCUUUCCAGACUAGGCAGGCUUUUGUGGCAUAUUUGCAACACAACAACGGAGGAAUCACACUGUUCGGAUUUGCACUCGACCGCGGAUUGCUUCACACGCUCUUUGCGUUUGAGUUCUCAUUAGUGCUGUGGAUUUUGAGUAAAGUGGUAGUUCUGUCUUGAACAAGUCCCUUUUUUUAAAUAAAUAGAAGUCACAGUACAAACAGAGAAGACAUAUAUAAAGCUUUCCAUCCACCUCAUAAUGUAUCAUCUCAUGCAAUUACAAAUCUAUUAGCAUAUUCAUACGCAUUUUAUCUUUAAUUUUCCCUCCUAGUCCUGCAUGUGAUUUUGCUUUCGUUGGUUACGGGCCACAAGUUAAUACUUUGGCGGGCUUCCAUGUUAAACUCAAGUAUGAGUAACCUACUAGAAGUUGUCAACAGCUCUCAUGAAAAUAGCAUAAGCAGAGAAGGCCACCUGCUUCCUGGAUUACUCACUUGGGUUUUCAACAACGAUGUUGACUGGUGAGGUUAUUCCCAGACUCACAAUUUUAUAGGUUAAAUGCUCGUGA